GCGGUCGUGGACGAGGAGGAGGGAUAGGAGUGGCAGGAAAGUGGGGUGGAGUGACUUGGUGGACAAAUUCGUAAUGGGCCCGACCGAAAGAAGGGAGAGAUGGUAGACGCCCGAAUAGAACCGGGUGGCCAACGAAUGGCCCUGACCUUGUUCACCUUCCGCCGCCGGACUUCACGCCAUUGUUGCGGUCGUCCACCGCCCACAUCCCCUUCUCUUCCUACCACCACCACCACCACCACUCGCGCUGCGACCGCCAUGCAUCGCGCCACCCCCUCGCCGUCGACGACAGCGUCGUCCACCGCCCACCGAUCACGCCGCACGCGCAUCACCCGCGCACAACUCCAACGACGUCUCGAGGCCCUCGGUCGUCCCAGCCAGCCCCUUCCCAUCGAGCUCCCGCUAUCAUCCACCGAUUUGCCGGCACCCGGUUCCAAGCGCAAGACAGAAAGCGAUUUCCAGCAGGGUCCAAGCAAGCGGCCACGAACGAGCAGCGUGUCGGAAAGCCGUCGCCAGGCGCCGCCAUCAUCAGCGCAUCGGUCUGAAGCCGCCUCCCAGCGACGCCCCAACCCUCCGACCGAAGACGGAGAGCUCUGCGAAGAGCUCCCCGCGUCUCGCGAUACUUCGCAAACCACGGACAUUCCAGUACGUCGACCACGGCGACAGCCCAUACCUGUCCUCGGCCGACAGCACUUCGAGGGCCUGUAUGAUCGGUACUAUGCAUCCGCCAUCCAUCUCAAGUGCUCAGGUCAACUACGAACCAUGGCGAACGAGCGUCCGGAUUCCUCGUCGUACCGCCCAUUACCGAAUCCUCCUCCAAGCAGCUCUCCGUAUCACAAGUACGGGAACCUCAUGAGCCGACUAGAAUGCCUCGAAUCUAUCAUCGACUUCUGCUACGCAUACUGGGCCAAAGACACAUGGUACAAGAAAGUGGAUAGAGGCGCAUGGCGUGGGCUGCAGCCAUUCCUUUCGUACACGAGAAUACACUGGGAGCAGGAUGCGGUGGAUGACCGCGAGAAGGCGCUCCUCGGUCUUCUGUACAUGAUCGAGGCGUCUGUGCUGAGUAACAAGCUCCGCGAAUCGGCGAAGAGCAACGACCACGACAAUAAGAUCCUCAUCUGCCGACUGCAGAAACUGUAUGUCGAGGACGAGCAGAAGAAGGAGAAGGGCGCCGACAAGUCAAAGGCCAUCGACGGCAGCGCGUCUCUCGCAACACCGCCGAUGUUACCGUCCCCCGCCAGCAUCAGCAGCAAUGGCUCGACGCCACCCGGCAAAAAGGCUGAAGACGUUCAGCCUCCGCCCGCGGCCGCUGCGCCUAGGAAGGGUAAAGAUGGCGGAAUGCCCAUCGCUCUUCGCAACCCAGACGAGGUAUGGUCGGACAAGCCAGUGCCGGAUAAUUACUACACCGAGGUCAACUGGUCACAAGUGCGGAUGCGCAAGUCUGAAAGCGAAGGGAUCAUAGGCGUUAUGCAAUCUCUGACCCUUGCGCAGGAGCACUUCACCCUACCUAUCCUUGCGAAGCUUUUCCCCCGUACAUUCAAACGCGUCCUCAACACCACCUACACCGCAACCGACGAAUACCAUCCAGACAUUGAAGACGAAGACGGCGAGCUGUUCUGGCCGGGACAGGUCAUGGUUAACGCCGGCGGCAUUGCCUGGUACUGCGCGGUUGGCAAGGCCAUGCUGAAGGAAUUCAGCAAGGAGUAUGGCUACCGGGGCAUCGAUGGAGCGGUCUCGAGGAGGGAUAUCGACUUCCGUGAACUCCACUACAAAGUUCCUACUCCAAUGUCUUGGGGCGACCUGCGGUACGAUCGCUAGCGCACCAUGGUACAUUGGUGCCCGUCUUUGCCCUCCCAUGCCACCGUAUCCUCCGCGUUUGCCGCAGCAUUAUCUAUGCACUGUCCAACACUCGCUCGUUCAAGCACAUCACUAUCUCCUGUCUUGCGCUGGCGACCAGCUCUGUUAGACACAUCUCUCGCGGCCCCCUGGAUACGUUACAUCAUACAGCUUCACUCGGCCUCCCCUCGCGACUUGCAGGAACCAUCGUUCUCUGCUCAUGUCGCUUCUCCUUCCCCCAUAUUUAUCGAAAGUCUCCGCUUAGGCAUCCGGCCAGCCUGUCUGGAGCAUCAAGGUGUCGUCAUUAGGCGAUAGCGCGUCCUGUCCCUUGCUGUAUUCGCAUUGCUCUGUAUAACAUGAGACAUUUCAUACGACCCGGCUCACCGCAUUGCAUCACCCUCCAUCACCGCGACCGCACAUCACUGGUUGUACCCAUCACUGUCGUAUGAAACGCCUGUACCACUACUACCUCGCGUACCAACAGCAGUCCACCUCCGCCGGGACCCCAAAAGCUGCCUGCGUUUGCUCCUCUUGUACUCGUCCAAGCUUUCUCGCCCAGCCCCACAUGGAUCUCCUGUUUGUGCAUGCCCAUCCCCGCUUGCUGCUUUCACGUCGCUGGGGCUACCCCGUGUUCUUCUUCAUCUGGGAGUCUUCCUUCAGGAUUUCAUUCGGAUCUCACUUCGCUGGCACUCUGGUUCAUUUGUUCAUCCGUCGUGACUGUUUAGUCUAAUCGCAUUUCCUCCCUUUGCUUAACCCCCCUUAACCCCCUCAUCGCAGCAUACCCUAGCACAUCACUGGAUUACCUACUCUAAUAUGAUCACCCUACCCGUCCAUCACAUUUUCACCGCAUCUCCUCCAUCUUCUUGCGCAUUGGUACGGACAGCACAUCCGACGUCGUCCAGCGACGUGUUCUUCUGGUCUCACUUCGCAUAGUUAUUGGAAACUUCGACGGAGUCGUGACUAUCGUUCCCCGGGGUGGACGCGGAUUCUCGAAAAGUUCAUAUCCCUAUUUACGCUCCUGAUUUAUCUAUUCUGUAGCUUGGGCGUGGAAUAGAGGCG